AUGAACUACAUCCCCCCCGGUAACUCGGAAAACCAGAGCGACGACAAUGUGUCGACCUCAGGCUCGCCAAUACCAUUCCUAGCAGUAUUUGGCAGUAUCCUCGGCUUUUUGUUGGUAUUUCUCAUCUUCUACAUGGUAAGAUCACGAUACCACCAUCGCCAGCCUCAGCGAGACAUCGAGGCCGCGACGAGCAAAACGAAGGUUGUAUUUGAUCUGCAGACGCUGAACAAUGUCAACCCGUCACGCCAAUACAAGGCGGUGAAGGUAUUGAAGAAACAAGUACCCCCGACUUUAUCGCAGCCCAGUUCAGCUGAAGUCUGUGCCAUAUGCCUCGAGGUACUUGUAAACCAAGACUAUGUCCGACGACUGAGAUGCAAACAUGUUUUCCACACAAGUUGCAUCGACCCUUGGUUCCGAAAACACCAUGUCGACUGUCCACUAUGCAAGUCGAUCUUCAUUCCAAAUAGGCUCGACGAUCCAGAAGGCGUUCAUUAG